UCAAUUGCAGAGUGAAAUAACCCAAAGAAAAAAGAGGAGCGCCACACUGCUCUGUCUCAAAGCCCACAGCGUGAUGUGAACGUAAGAAACUCGGAUGCGCGGUCUCGUGAAAGGUCCUGUAUGAGGAAUCCUCACGUGCGCGCAGCUGGAGCAUGAAAACAUUUCAGUUGCAGAGACUCAGGGAUCGCUUUGGUGUUUUAACAUCCUCGUUCACUAUUUACAGUUGUGUCUUCAGCAUUUGGACGAAAUAUGUAUCAGGGACAUUCACAGGGAAAAGACUCUAGGGCGGUUGCUAUGGUGCUGAUGGAGCUACCAAGUAAGGCAUCCUCAGAUGGAAAACCCCUGCUCACCGUCACAACCAAGUUGUGUAGUGAGCAGCAGGAGAGCCGGCCGUUGCUGAGUCCCUCCAUCGAUGACUUCCAGACUGUAAGCAAGAGUGAUGGAGCCACACGACCAAUCACCUCCAACACAGCAGUCUUGUCCACAGCAUUAGAUCUGGUGGACUUAAGUGAACCGUGUGAGAGGCGCUGGAGUUGGGACAGACGCAGUCCUCGCGGGUCUCGUAAGAACGGCUUCUCCAAAAGCAGCCUCCGCAGGAAGAAGACGGAAGAGACAGAGCUGAUCCAGGUGGAGACUGAACCUUCAUCUCCCAGUCCUUCCAACGCUGAAAGAGCCUCUUUAGAUUCAGUGAGCAGCUCGCCCCUGGAGAAAUGGGAAGAGGUGAACCUUCACCCAGACAGUGCCUUGAAUGGAGGAAGGAAGUGGAGGUAUGAGAGGAAGAGAUGCACAUCCAACCAUUCUUCCAGUGAGCUUCUAUGGUCUGCCGAUUUCAAAACAGAUUUCUCUAACAGACACAGCGCCCUGGAGCUCAGCAUUAGCACCGAAUCAGACCCUGGACCGGCACCUGAGCGGCCGAAGCCCCAGCUGGGCAGAGCUUUACUGGGGAGACAACACUCAUUAGAGGAGGAGUUUGUCCGAGCCAAGGCUGCUGUGGAGUCAGACACUGAGUUCUGGGAUAAAAUGCAGGCUGAAUGGGAGGAGCUGGCACGCAGGAACUGGCUGGAGGAUGCUGACAGUGAAGGCCUGCUUCCACUCAACUUCUCACCCACUGAAAAGGGUUACUUCUUCCAUACUAAUAACCCAUUCAAAGACUACGGCAAUGCCUUUGUGCAGGGGCUGCAGAAGUGGAAAGAGGGCGAUCUAAACAGCGCUGUACUGCUACUGGAAGCUGCUAUCUUACAGGACCAUCAGGACUCUGAGGCUUGGCAGGUUUUGGGGAACAUACAGGCAGAGAAUGAGAGCGAGCAGGCGGCUAUUGUUUGCCUGCAGAGAUGUUUGGAGCUUCACCCAAAUAACCUAAAGGCCCUAAUGGCCCUCGCUGUGAGCCUGACCAACACAGGACAGCAGGAGGAAGCAUGUGAGGCUCUCCACCGCUGGAUCAGAUACAGCCCCAGAUACAGACAUCUGCUACAGGAUCGAAGCCCUCUGGAUGGCUCACCACUGCCUCAUCGAAGAGGAUCAUCCAUCUCCUCCAUCUCUGCUCUCGGAUGCUCUCAGCUGGUGGAAGUGUUGGAGCUCUAUCAGGAAGCAGAGCAGCAAAAUGCAGAGGGAGUGGACCCUGAUCUUCAGACAGGUCUGGGUGUGCUCUUUAACCUCAGCUCAGAGUUUGACAAAGCUGUCGAUGCCUUCAACGCUGCACUGUCUGUGCGACCCGAGGACUAUCUGCUGUGGAAUCGUCUCGGAGCCACGCUAGCUAAUGGAGACCGCAGUGAGGAGGCAGUGGAGGCCUACACCAGAGCUCUGGAGCUCCAGCCAGGCUUCAUACGCUCCAGAUACAACCUUGGCAUUAGCUGCAUAAACCUAGGGGCACAUCGGGAGGCAGUAAGUAACUUUCUGACUGCUCUGCACCAGCAGCGGAAGAGCAGGAGUCAUCAGGUGAUGUCCGGCAACAUUUGGGCUGCUUUGCGAAUCGCCCUUUCCCUCAUGGACCAGCCAGAGCUUUUCCAGGCAGCCAGCGUGGGAGAUCUGGACCUUCUAAUGAGGGCCUUUGACAUGGAUGUGUGAUUAAUAUAGGACCUGUGAAAUCUUUCAUUCACUUUAAAAGUAGGCACAAAGAUAGGCUGAGUAAGAACGUCAAUAUAACAUGCCGAAUGUGCACAGCUAUUUUUGAUGUAUUUAUGCGCUUUAAGAGGCAGCCUUGACCUUUGGGCUUCCACUGAGGAGGGCAUUUAUUCUAUAGAGCACAAAAUGAAGGGUUUCAAAACUAGAGGAAUAUAUUAAAUGAAUAUGAAAUAUAUAUACACAGCGAGGGAGAGAGACAGCAAAAGCACUUUUUCUUGAUGUUAAAUAAUAUUUUAUUGUAAUAUUUUUAAGCUUAUCUAAAAACUUUGUAUACUUGAGAAAGUCAAACUUCAUUGGGAAUGUAGGAAGUAUUUUGUUCAGUUUAUGGAUUAAUUAAUCGUAUAAAAUAAUCUAUUUAUAAUGUACAUUUCGUUAGCAUGCACCUCCUGUGACAUACUACAAUGUCUAUUCCUUAACACUAAGUGGCGCUGUUGACCCACUGAAAAAGCACAUCCAUGAUUUCAGUCCAUCUUCUACCAAACCAAGUGACACUGUGUGCAGCAUGAUGAAUGACAUUAUGAAUGAAUUUCACUUUAGGACACAACACCCUCUCAGGGCGAUUUAUGCCCAGGUGUGCGGGCAGGGUGUGUUCCCCAGGCCAUCUGUCUUCCAGCAAACCUCUUUUAUUGCUGUGUGCCGUGGGGCAUUCUGGAUCAGGCCUCGGUGGGAAGCAACUUCAAAGACUCUGCAUGAAAGGUCACAGCAAAAGCAGUAUCAUGUUGAAAGUGGGCGAGCUGAUGUAGAAGCAUUAGCCCAAACGUUUGAAAGGAACUGAAUACAUUCACAAAUAUAUUAGCUACUAUAUAUAUACAUGUGUGCAUAAGCUGCAGAAACAUCUUGUUGUAGUUCAAUAGUUGGGCCUGGUAAGUUUAAAGUGCAUUUCCUGUGACUGAAUACCCUUUAUUCUUUAAAGAUAUAAAUGAAGCCAUUUGUAGACGAAAACUAGAACGGUUUAUUUAUUUAAUCCCCUUUUUAUAGGUUAAAGCCAAAUAUUUUGUUUAGACAUAACUAUGCAAACUGGAAUUGCUAAAUUUACCAAAUAUUUUAGUAGGGGUUUAUAAUCAAAUUUGUCUUUGUAAUUCACCACUAUGCAUUUUGGGUGAAGUCUUUAUAACAGGUGAAAUACAGCGGAGAUUAUUGAAAAGGCACUGAGUAUUUACUGAAAAGUUAAAGAUAGAAAUCAUUAGCAAUUACAAAUAAAUAGCAUUCAAACAACCAAUGCAUUGUUCUGUGUGAGAGACAGGACCUUAGAUGCACCUGUUGCUUAAAUAUUAGAUUAAUUUAUACAUGUAUAGAAAUUUGGAAAAGUCAUAAAUGAUUAUUGCAUGUGACAAAAACUUUGUUUUCCACAUUAUUGAAUGUAACUACUAUUAAUGUGCAUUUUUACAAACCGACAUUGCAAUAUAAUAAAAUUAAACCACCAAAAAUUAUAUAUAAAAAUAUUUAUUUGCAUGUCUGGGCACAUUAUAGGGGCAUUAAUCACACUACGUUCUAAAAAAUGCUCGGUUAUUUUCAACCCAGCGUCGGGUCAAAAAGGCAUGAGCCCAGCCCAUUAAGUUGGGUUGUUUUAACCCAUUGAUGGGUCGAUUAUAAACAUUAUCUGCAUUAAUUUAAUCCAACUGCUGAACUCGCCCCUUUUUGACCCAAUGCUGGACUGAAAAUAACCCAGCAUUUUUAGAGUGUAGUUUUGCUAUGAUCAGAGCUGUUCCUAUAAUUAUAAUUAGAAAUAACUGAUUUAAUAUAUUUUACUUUCUGAUAAUGUGGAAUAGAUUUAUUUAUGGAAUGGACUUAAAAAAUGUAUGCAUGUCUAGCUGUCAACUAUCAUGUUUCCAUCCGACCUAUGUUUAAAGGUUAUCAACUCAAAAUGUAUUUAUAAUCUAUUUAUUAAAACUGUAUUUUAGAAGAACUUACUGAA